AUGGUGACGCGUGUACGCUCACGAUUAAAGAGCCCUGUCGACAUAAAGCUGCCUUCUGUUGAGCUGGGGUUUCAUUUACUGCAGUCGAAUUGGUGUCAAAAUAUGACUAGCGGAAGUAGCCGGAGUGGAGGAAGAAAAAGUACCGUCGGUGGUCGUGAUGUAUCGAAAGUGAAAGUGAACGUGGAGACUGUGCGUCCUCCUUGUCCAGCACGUCGGCAGAUCAUUGUUCCACGCCCUCGAGAAGUGGUCAACGUUACGAAGGUGGUAAAUGUUACGAACGUUGUCAAUAACAUCGUCGUGGUGAGGCCUAAACCUAAGCCUAAGGCUAAGACUAAGCCUAAGCCUAAGCCUAAGACUAAUUCUACACGAGUGGUGAAGCCUAAGCCUAAGCCAACACGAGUGGUGGAGCCUAAGACGACGCGGCCCACGGCGGCUACAUCGUCAAGUCAUGGUGGUGGAAAUAUAUGUUGGUAUGAAUAUGCCAACAUAUACCAGGAGGAUGGUAUGAAUAUACCAGGAGGAUCGUCUUCCGGUGGCGGCGGCGGUGGUGGUGAACAUUGGUGUUAUAAUGCAUUUGAAGAACGGGUAUGGAUGUUCUAG